UGCACGCUAUGUAUUCAACUGCGUGUCGACUCAACAAGGGCCUCGCACCACUUGUGACCGCUUAUUCCAACCCCAAGUGAGGUCAGGGGAAGAAGCACACAAUCUGUAAGAAGAGAAGUAAACUGAGAGGAAUAGCAGACAUUAUUUUUAAAAGGGGGACAUACACAACCGACACCCCGCUUUUAUCAUCCUCAAGAUACGAAGAAGCAUAGAGGGAAAACGCAGGAGCAAAUACGCCUGUGAGUGAAGUGACAUACAAAGACUAAGUUGUUUAUUGUAAGAGUGUCACAUUGCUUGGUUUCUUCAAGCAGACAACUCAGCUAUUCGGUGUUUUGGUCCUGGGGUUUUGAGAUCAGGUACAGAUUGACGUUGCCGUGAUGCUGCCGUUUCUGCUGGGUACGUUGUGGCUGGCGUCGUUGGCCAGCGCACAGAACGAAACGGAACCCAUCAUACUCGAGGGAAAAUGUCUAGUGGUCUGCGACUCGAAUCCGGCUUCCGAUCCUACCGGGACUGCGCUUGGAAUAUCGGUGCGUUCCGGGAGCGCCAAAGUGGCUUUUUCUGCCGUCAGAAACACCAACCACGAGCCCUCAGAGAUGAGCAACCGAACGAUGGUUAUCUACUUUGAUCAGGUGCUUGUGAACAUUGGUAAGAAUUUUGAUGAAGAAAAGAGCUACUUCAUCGCCCCGCGCAAAGGGAUAUACAGUUUUAAUUUCCACGUAGUGAAAGUCUAUAACCGCCAGACGAUCCAGGUGAGCCUGAUGCUUAACGGCUGGCCGGUGAUCUCAGCAUUUGCCGGCGACCAGGACGUGACGCGCGAGGCGGCCAGCAACGGCGUGCUCAUGCAGAUGGAGAAAGGCGACCGCGCCUACCUGAAGCUGGAGCGCGGCAACCUCAUGGGCGGAUGGAAGUACUCCACAUUCUCCGGCUUCCUGGUCUUCCCAUUGUAAGAGGAGGGACGAGCAGGGAGGACGGACAGACCGAAGGAUGGGAGGAUGGAAGGAUGGAAGGAUGGAAGGAUGGAAUGAUGGAAGGAAGCAGAGCCACCUGGAGGAAGGACUAUUGCUUUUCAGCAUGCUGGCUUGGGAGGAAGUGGAGAGGGAGAGAGAGAUAGAGAGGGAGAGAGAGAGAAAGAUAGAGAGGGAGAGAGAAGGAUAGACAGAGGGGUGGGAGUGUAAAUGACAAAGAGAAUAAUAAAACAAGUAUAUAUGUAAAGAGAGAGAGGAUGAGUGGAGAGGAGGUGUGUUGAGGUAGAAUAAUAAAAAGGCAGACUCUCGGUUGUGUGUGUGUGUGUGUGUGUAUGUGUGUGUGUGUGUGUGUGUGUGUGUUAAGGUAGAAUAAUAAAAAGGCAGCCUAUCGGCCACUCUCGCUCACUCCGCUGCCUGACCACAGCUCUGUACAGCCAAAACUUUUUUAUCGCCCUUAUGACUACUGUUACUUAGACCAGAGAGGGGAAAACAUACUCAUUCACACACACACACACACACACACACACACACACACACAAACGCACACGCACACACACACACACACACACACACACACACACACACACACAUACAUACAGAUAACACUUUCCUCCUUUCCCUAACUGACCUAGAUUGUCCCUUACACACACACACACACACACACACACCUACACAACAGUCCCCACAGAAGCAGACAUAAAUGCACACAUAUAUGUCCAUUUUGGAAUAUCUCAGUAUAUUCUGGAAUUUCUGCCCGGCCUACCCAAUUCUCCGAUAUUUUGUCUCUUCAUAAUUAUGUGUGUGUUUGUGUAUGUAUGUGUGUGUGUGUGUGUGUGUGUGCUCGUGCAUGUGUGUAUGUGCGUGU